CUCCCCCCACCUACCGAAUGGGGCCACGCUCAGUAUUGCUCCCCCAGAUUUCCCGGUGUUCAAUCCGACUUGAUAUUUCCACACCGAUUUGGACCUUGUUAGCUUUCGAGGAGGUUGGUAAGAAGGGGGAAGGGUAAAACCGUGCAGCCGCUGAAGUGGCUUCAUCAAGGCUUGGAAAGCCUGAGUGCUUGUUAUCUACGCAGAGACAGCACUGGAUGAAGGUUUUUGUUUUUCUAAGGAAAUCUGAUGAUUUCUUCUUGAAGACAUUUUUUUUAGGGGAAUUAUUCAUGUGGAUAUUUUCUUCCAAAUAAGGGCCUGGCUGCAGAUUUCUAUGACUUAUCAAGUCAUGGCUCCCAGGAAAAGAACCACCAAGCAAGUGAAAAAACAACUCAGCAGCUCCAAACUCAUCGCAUUUCUGGAAGAUUUCGACAAUGAAGUACAAACAAGACUUCAUCAACUGCACGAGAAGGAAUUCCAUUUGUUGAAGGAUCUUCGCAACAGCUACAAUAUGGCUAUCAUUAAGCUCCCAUCUGAAUAUAGGAAAAUGACUUGGUUGGAAAUUUUCACGUCGGAGAAGAAGAGCGCAGCCAAAUCUGGUUCAAAUGAAGAAAAGGCACCUAGGACUUUGAAAAAGGGGAGACCUGCAAAGAAGCCCCCAACUACAUCAAAACGAGCAAAAGCUCUGUCAAUCAUCCAACAAAAUGGACCAGUCAGAAGAUCAUCAAGGAAUCCCACGGUGACUCCCGCAAGGUCCCUGUUGGACGCCUCCAUGAUGGGUAAAACGCCCCUCAUCACGCCACGCUUUGACCCAAGACUUCCCAACACUCCAGGUUUGAGAGUUCCUCGCCACAAGGAGAGAGUCUUCAGCUUUUCCGUCAACGGCUCGCCCAUCACCGACAACAACGAUGAGAUUAUUAUAAAUGUCCCAGUUGGUAAUGGAGAGAGUAUUCAGCUGCUGGCUAGUCAGGUGGAUUCAGUGGAUCUGUCCACGCUGGGUGAAACCGCCUUGAGGAAUAUUCGCCUUUUGCAGAAUCGUCUCUCAACACUGUGUGAAUCCUAGCUCGGACCCAAUCGUCUCCGUUUGCGAAAUAGUUUUAAUAUUUGUUUGACGACUUUGAUUGGAUAUUAUUCGCUCGCCUUUUCUUCCUGAUUUCUUCCUUUUUUUUUUUUUUUUUUAAAAAAAAACAAAAAAACAAAAACGAAUUUUUUUCCAACGCGUUACCUAGAAUUCACUCGCCUGACUGCUGUCCAUGUGUAUAUGCGGGUUUUAAAUGUUCAGCUUGUGUACUGUAUACAUUUUGUAGUGGUCUUCGCUUUAAUUUCUGUAAUCCCUCUGGGUGUUCUGCCAUGUCUGUUAUUUUUGCUUCACACUCUUGUACAUAAAAGGAGUUGGCAUUGGAUUCAUCA